CCAUCUCGUGGUGGUGAACUUCCUACUCCUUUUGUGCUUGUGACUCGACAAGUUCUUUUUUGUCGAGUCAUUGCCAACUGUGAAACUUGUCUGAACAGGUGUUUUCCUUUGUUGGUCUACUAGAAAUUCAGGCUAUUCACGUUAUACACUAUAAAGACUCGAUGGUGAAUGGAAAAGAGUUUGCUGUCGCGAAAAUUAACGGGAAAAAGGUAGUUGUUUUCUCCAAAACCUUUUGCCCUUUCUGCCGGAUGGCCAAAGCAAUUCUGGAUAAGUACCGGCUAUCACAGGAUGAUUACGAGGUUAUAGAAAUAGAGAAAAGAAACGACGUAGCUGCAAUCCAAGAUUAUAUGCUGGAACUAACCGGCGCACGAACGGUCCCAAGAGUUUUUAUUGGUGGCAAGUGCAUCGGAGGAGGCCAAGAGACGACUGCAUUGGAAGACUCUGGCCAGCUGAGGGAAAUUCUGCAAGCUGCGGGUGCUAUAGCUAACUGAAAAAUGGACAAAUGGAACAUCACAACUUAGUGACCUCCCCCCCCCCAAAAAAAAAAUAUAUAGCAAAAGAGUAUUAAAAUUGACAGGGACAUGGAGAUAGUUUGAGUUUAUCGUUUUAUCAUGCAUUUACAUUGAUAUCAGGGGUUUAUCUAUAUUGAGAGUCUAUAUCAGAGUCUAUAUUUAUAGACUCCUGUUGAUAUAUACCUAAUAAAUAUGUGCUGGUUUUUAAAGGUUGACUCUAUGCACAAUGCACAAUGCUAUUAUGCUUAAAGAUGCACAAUGCUAUUAUGCUUAAAGAUGCACAAUGCUAUUAUGCUUAAAGAUGCACAAUGCUAUUUAUGGUAUUUUUCUCGAUUGAGUUUUAUUCUUGAGCUGCUUAAAUAUGUGAUAUUAUUUUAUCAUGUUAGAUAUCUAGAUAUAUCAUGUUAGAUAUAUUGCUAUGCAUGUUUGCUCUUUUAGUUGGUUUUAUACUAAUGUUUUUUUGAUACUAGCUUUAUUGACAAUAGCUAGUACGUACCUAUGUCGUUUAAUAUGAUAGAGUAGGUGUGGUUUAUGAUAGUACUUAUGCACUGGUUACUGAUGACUGUAAUUAUGUACUUAGUCUGAACUGGGUAAUUUUUUACCUGAAUAUUUAUGGAGACUAAUAAUUACUGUUAAAAAUAUCAGGAGUACAUAAGUAGAGACAGUAGCACAUGUUUUUACUCCUGAUAGAAUGUAUAUCACAUGGGUACUGAGUCGCCCGAAUCUCUCCUCAUAAAAUGUGCCAUAAAAUGUAAGAAAUUGCUUGUUAGUCUGCAUUGGUUAAUUUUUGUUCUCCUGAAAAUGCAUAAAUGGUAUGAUGACUGUGAUACAUGGGAUUAAUAAUAUCACGAGUAUAUGAAUAGAGAAAUGAAACGUGUUUUUAUUCACUGCUGUAUGUAAUCGUAAACAUAACCACUUUCCCAUACUGUGCAACAAAAUCAAAGUCACAUGUUCUACCUAGUACAAUGUCCAUACCACCAACAAGCCUUUAAGAGAAAUAAAUGGUAAAUGUUUGUGGUA